AUGAAAACCGUUCUCUCUCCAUCCGUCUGUCCGUUCCGUUUUGGGCACACAAAUCGGCCGCUUAAGUUGCUCAGCACUUUCCCACCAGGAGCAAUGGCGUCACCACACCCCACACUUAUUUGCGUUAAGCUGGGUCCCCUAGCAUCGGGUUCCGAGCCGUUGCACGGACUGACUCCAUACGUCAACUCUUCCAUACGCUUCACCAUGAUGCUGCUCCAUCUGACGUCCUCGACGCCGUGUAUGGCCCUCCUCUCGAGAAUACAGUGGCUUACCGUCGGUCCGGCGUCGCCGUUACAAGCCUCUGCCCGGAUUCAAGAUCGCCGCUCUUCAGAUGGCGACAGGCCGACGGCCACGACCGUGGCCCUGCUCCAUCUCGCAUCUUCUUGCGGUCACCUCAAUGGCGCGGCCACUCUCACAGGCGAUGAGGCAUCUCAUAUUCCUGAAUUCGCCUUUGCUGCUCCAACCACUCAUUUACCGCGAGCACACCAUAUUUACAUCAGUGAAAUUCACCAGCUUCAGGCCCACGUCCGGUUACUAAACCGCGUGCGUUUUGGCACUCAAAGCAUGUACUGCUUACGAAGGGAGUUCCGUGCGCGCCCCUCACCACUACCUUACACCCCAGUGAGGCCGAGGCCGAGGUCUGCCGUCAGAUCGUCUUGGCGCUGCUCAGAAAAAAGCGCGUUUUUGGCUAUAACUGUCUUUUACAGAGAGCGAAGUCACCUUUUAGAACAUUUCGCCAAGCGCAUCCAACCGUCUGGGGCGUGGAAGGAUAUCCAGUAUCGGCUUGUCGUACUGAGACACCCCACUUCGAUAGGUGUGGAAUGCCGGCGGCGUAACAACGACCGCAUCGCCGCCCGAUCUACUCGAAAGCUGGUAUCCUUUUUUCUCUCACUUGACGUCCAUUUCGGUGACUACUUUAUCUUAUUUUCCUUCUUCAUUUACCCGUUCUCAAGUCCGAAGGCGGACCUUUUCGGAAUGGAAGGAGGUGUAAGAGUCCCGUAG